AUGGGUUUAACUGAUAAAUUGAAAGGAAUUAAGAAAGACGACGUUGACAACUACAACGAACAAGCUGGUAAAUAUGCUGGUGGAAAAGAUGGUCAAACUGGUACUGACUUAGCUCAAGAAAAGUACAAGGAUUAUAACCAAAAGAAAUCUGGUUCAGGAACUGGUACUAGUACUGGUACUGGAUCUGGAGCUGGUACCGCUGCCGGAGCUGGUACUGCUGGUGCAGGUGCAGGAGCUGCUGGAGGUUAUGGUGCUGGUUCAUCAACUUCUGGUAACCACUCAGGUACUACCUCAUCAGGCUACGGGAACCAAUCAGGAACCACUUCAUCCGGAUACGGUGACAAAUCUUCAUCUGGUUACGGAAACCAAUCUGGUACCACUUCAUCUGGUUACGGUAACCAAUCCGGUUCAACCACCUCCAAUGCUUAUGGAUCUCAAUCUGGUUAUGACAACACUUCAUCUGGACAUCACGGUUCAUCUGGUCACCAUGGAUCAUCGGGAAAUCAUAACUCUGGUACUGCCAGUACUGCUGCUACUGGUGCUGCUGGCGCUGCUGCUUAUGGUUCUUCAAACCAAGGAUCACACAGUACUCACAGCUCCAAAUUAGAUCCAAACAAUGAAUAUGGAUCAGGAAACUACGGUAGCGAACCAGCUUCAACAGGUGCUUACGGUAACCAAAAUGCCUCAUCACAUGGAUACGGUAAUGAAUAUGGCAACACUUCAUCAGGAUCUAAGCAUCACUCUGGUCACCAAGAUGCCAGCAAACAUGCUCCAUCAACUACAGAGGGUGGCGCUGCUGGUGCUUAUGACAGCCGUGGAAACACUUCAUCACAAACUGGUCACGGUUCAUCCCAUACUGGUUCUGGUGCUUACGGAUCUACCAACACUGGUUCUGGUGCUUACGGAUCUUCCAACACUGGUUCAGGUGCUUAUGGAUCUUCCAAUACUGGUUCAGGUGCUUACGGAUCUUCCAAUACUGGUUCAGGUGCAGGUACUGCUGGUGGGUACGGUUCGGGUUCAUCAACUGGUCACUCAGGCGCUGGUUCCCACGCCUUCAAGACUGGUAAUGAUGCUUUGGACUCAAAGAUUGCCCAAUUGCCAGAGCACUUGCAAAAGGAAGCACACAAUGAGUUCAACAAGGGUUACGAAGCCGCCAAGUCUCAAUACAAAUCAUAA